AUAUUUCAUUGGUCCAACACGGAAAGUUACCUCGGAAGAAACACGGAUUGUACUUCACUAGUUCCGCAAAGAAAAAACAGCCGAUGCAGUCCUCAUUUACAGCCAAUAUCUGACAUCGAUCAGUGAUAACCCGUACGGCUGGAAAUUGGCUUGUAAUUCGACAGUGUUGGAACGUAGCAUAGCCUACAUCAGCACCGAUCAGUGAGACAGCGUUGGAACAGAAGAUAUGAGCAGGGUGUGGAUGUGCUGCUGAUAGCCUGGUAGCAAGCUCACCUGUGUAUUUUGUGGUGGUGAUGGAGAAUAUCGAGGAGUCUUCGCCCCUCCGGAUCACCCCUACCGUCCGGGCGCUGAGCUCCGCACUGCGGGGGAAGCGUGAAAAUGUCCCCGAUUCCAGCCGGGAAAACGGCGACAGGAUCUUCCCUGAACCGGAGAAGCUUUGGUUCAAGGAGAGCAGCGCUAAAAACCUGCGUAACAGGGACUUCUUGUCGCCGACCACGAUGCUUAACACGCUGUAUGCGGACGGACAGGUCCCUCCAGCAGUGAUGUCCAGGGUCCUGUCCCUCCGUGGCAGUGGGGUUCUCCCUGUGGCUGGUGGGGAGGUAAUGGGUGAAGGGUUGAGGGUGAGGGUGGACCGGGCCGCAGCCUUCCGGUCUGUCCUGGCAGAUGGAGCCACAGAGUACCUGAAGCCCUCAAGUCAGAGGCAAGGCUGUGUGGUGCUCAACUGCCCUGCACUGCACCCUAAACCCAACACACCCACUCCUGAAACACUGACUCUGGGCCAGCUGAGGACUGUUCUGUUGGCUGACCACAUGGGGGAGCUGUUGAGAAGACAGGGAUUUGCAGUCUCCUAUUGCCCCACUCUUCCCGAGGAAAGCGACAUCAUUACCUUUCUCCGAGCUCUGGGCAUUGAUUGGCCGACAGCCCCGGCCAACUGGACCAAUGAGGAGCGGGAGGAGAAGAUUCAGGAUGCGCUGGAGAACUCCCUGUACAGAGAAAGGGAAACAGAAAGAGGCAGGAGGACCAGCGGAGGAGGAGGAGGGAGCAAGGCGGAGGAGGGGGAGAACGAGGGAGCACUCCGGGUCAACCUGAAACGAGUGUUCCAGGAGGAGGGGCUGCUUGGAUACGACCCCAGCCUUGGUACCUGCAUAGUACACAGAGACAGUGUUUCCCACCUGGCGCAACUGGACCUCGCCACUGCCGACUGCACAGUAGCCAUGGCAACAGCGUUACAUGUGACUUCCUGUCAGGAUGAGUUCCGCCAGCAGCAGAUAGCAGUGCUGUGGAGAGCCAGUGGAGCGACACAUACACAGAGACAUCUGGUGUGUGGGCCUGUAAAGACUCCUGGUUCUCACCUCACUGCUGCACAAUAUCUGCAGCUGAGAAGAGGUCAGAUGAAGGAGGCCUCAGAGAUGAAGUAUGGAGAUCAAGUAGAAGGUCAGACAUGGGAUGACAUCAUCAGGGUCAUGACCUCUGCCACUGUCAGAUUUGAACUGCUGUCAACGGUCCACACCAGUCCUGUGACACUGGACGUCCAGAGGGAAGGGGGAGUGUCUACCAAAGGGCCGCGAGGAGGAGUGUUUGUGAUGUAUAACUGUGCCCGACUACACACUCUUUUCGACAGCUAUGAGAGAGGAGUAGAGAAGGGUCUAUACCCAGAAAUCCCUGAAGGCUCCCAGCUAGACUUCUCUGCUCUGAAAGAAGAGGGCGAGUGGCUUCUCCUGUUCAAUUACCUCAUACCGUUCUCCGAGCUGCUGGACCAAUCAGGACAAGCGUUAGACUGUGAAGGGGGAGGAGCCAGAGUCAAUAUUAAGACGGAGCAGAUCUGUAAAUUUCUCGUGUCACUCAGUAAAGACUUCAGCUCGUACUACAACAGAGUCCAUGUGCUGGGGGAGCCGUUGCCUCACCUCUUCAACCAGAUGUUUUGUCGUUUGCAUCUGUUGAGAGUGUUGAGAGAGCUCUACCACAGCGCGCUGGACACCCUUAACCUUCCCCCCAUCAGGCAACUAUAGCCUCGAUAUCUUUCACUCAUCUUGUGAUCACUGUUGGCCCUACAUCCCCACACAUCUCACACAAACACACACUCGCUUAUGUUUUGCAAUUGUAGUUCAUCACAUAUACACUUCUGUUAGCAAUGAAAAUGUAUUUAACUAAGACACAUAGUCACCUUUCCCUCUUUUUCAUAAUGUUACAGCACAGUUUGUGGCUCUUGGUCAAUAAUGAGAUAUUGUUUUACCUGCCCACUGUCAGUGAUAACUAUAGCUUGACAUACUAUAACUGUUAAAAUAUUUAAAGGAUGUCAUUACCCACAAAUAAUGUAAUGUGACGUCAGCAAACUCUGAACUCUGCACACUGUGAGUUCAGUUUGAUCUGGGCAGAUUGGUUUUGGUUUGUAUGUUAAAGAAAUAGUUUGACAUUUUAGGAAGUAUGCUUUUUUUGUUUCUUACUGAGAGUUGGAGGAGAAGAUGAAUACCUAUCUGAUGUCUGUGCAGUAAAUAUGAAGCUACAGCCAGCAGCUGGUUGACUUGGCUUAGCAUAAAGACUGGAAGCAGGGGGGGAAACAGCUAGCGUGUCUCUUUGUCCAAAGGUAGCAAUCAGCAAUUAGCACGUUACAUCUUGUAAUUCGUACAAAAAGUGAAAACAUUAGGCACUCAGAGAGCGCAGACCUCUGCCAAGGCAUGCCCUCACAAUGUAAAUGCAGUGUCACUUUUCCCAGUCAGGAACUUAUUUUUCAGGUUAUUCUGACACCACCAUGAAUGCGGCACACAUGCCCUAUCUCACAAUGUCAACGAAAGUGAAAACUAAUUUGUGUUUCCACCCUGUGAUUCAGAUCCGCUCCAAAAUGUAACGGUUUCUUCCUUGGCCCAUGCUACACCCUUCCACCAUGUUUCAUUAAAAAACGGGCCAGUAGUUUUUUUUUACAGACAGGCAGGCAAACAAACAAUAAGCAUAUUUUCCAAAAUGUCAUUAUUUCUUUUAAGUUUGGAUGUUUUUGCUAAAUCUGUACGCGUAUAUAAGCGUACCAACAGCCAAAGAGGCCAAAUCUAGAGUGUCUCAGUUAGCAAAGAUGGGAUGCUUUUUUUUCUGUUGAACCCCUACUUUGUAAUUUUCAAUACUGCUUUAAUCAUGUCACCAUACAGGACAUUCAUAUGCCCUUUGACCGAACAAGCCACAAAACUGUGCCAGACAACUUGUUACUUUACUGAUUUUUGGUGCCAAAAUCCCAGUUGUCAAAACACCCCAUCUAAACUGUAAUACGUAUUGUCAAACCUUCUAAAUUGCUUCAUUAUUAUCACAGUAACCCCCCACUCCUGACGCUAACAAUCUCUCCUGUUUGAAACACGUCUUAGUCACUGCUUGUACAAAAUUGUUUUGCUUUUAUUAAGCCUUUAAUAAACUGUUGAAGGCCCCAUUUCAUGUAUGUUACCCACCAUGUAUUUAUCAGUGCCACACGAAUAUUUAUUGUCAUUUUAAAAAGAGUACAGAAUAUAUAUUCUGCUUAUGAGUCUUAAUUGCUGUGUUCAUGUGAUUAUUCAGAGCCCUCAAAUCACAGUUAUCCUGCUUGACAAAUCACAAAUAUUCAAUAUCAAACAACAUGUACCAGAUAUAUAACAGGUGUUCAUAAGUUAUUGACAAAAAACAGUACCUAGCAGCAUUUAGGGCAUUGUGCCAUAAUGUUAGGAAAUGCAUGAAAAUAAUAUAUAUAUGAAAGGUUUUAUGCCAAAAAAUGUUAUUUAUAAAUUUUGGUAAUAAAAAUUGAUCCUUGAAAUGUGAAAUGUGUUCCCAUUUCAGUUACCUACUGUCUUAAAAUGUGCCAUAGCUUGUUUUAACUCUCUGCUCCACAUUAUUUUGUAAGUUGGUGUGUUUUUUUUUUUUGUUUUUUUUAAAAGUGAUUAUCUCAUGUUGGAACAAAACAGUUAAUGUACACAGGAAUCAAAUAUCUUACUCACUUCUCACUGCAUGAAAUGUUGUUUGACCCCCUGCAAAUGUUGCUUGUCCCUGAAUGGUCUAUGGAUUUUUUAAUGAUUUUUUUUUUUUUUUUUUUACAUUUUACUUUCUAUAGAAAAGGGAAUGGGAUGUUUACAGUAUGCUCAUUUAUUUACAGUGACUGUCUUAUUAUCCAAGCUGUAAUUACCACAGUAUUAAAGCAGGAGAGAUGCAGAAUGAAGGACUUUGUUUUUUUUCUUCCUACCUUAUACUGUUCAUUGUCUCACUGUAUAUGUUACACAUGUAUAUAAUAGAUACAGUAUGUUCACUUUAGCCAGUGGUGUGUUUCUCUUGCUGCCGUGUUUUCACCCCUCAGGUCUCAACAUCUCUGACCUCCCAUCUCUCGUUCUUUUCUCCCUCCUCUCUGCCACCCUAAUAACUCCUAUCUCUCUGCUAAGAGCCCUCAUAUCUCUUUAUCCUGUACUGUAUUAUACACUCACAUUCAGAGCUUAAGCUUGCCUAUUUUAGUGCCACUGGUUUAAGUAUUUUCAUAUCGUUUUUCUUCAUGGACAUGAUGAAAAUCAGUAUGAAGAGUUUUCAGCUGGAAACCAAACAGCUGCAAGAUGACUCAAAUGCUUAUAGACAUGUUUACUGUAUAUCACACAUACUGUAAUGCAACUUUUGUGCAGUUGUUGUGAGUAAACCAGUAUCAAAACAGAAAUAACACACACGCACAUAGCUGUGCCUCUUACCCUCAA